CACAUACAUACACACACACAAACUCCCAUUAACAUUUGAAACAAUCGCAAAUGAUUAUAUUACAAUGAUUUGGCAUUAACUGCAUGUAAACUCAAUGCACAUCGGUUACAUCCAUUUGCUUUGCUCAGAAACUCUCAAGAAGUGUUUAAGUAGAUCAAAAAGAUAACUACUAGAGAUUUACAAUGAUUAAGUUGUAGUUUUAAAACUUUAAUCACCAAAGAGAAUGCCAUCUAAACCACACAUUGUGUGUUUAUGAUUUAAAAACAAAAGAAAUAUAUAUAUAUUUUUUUACAUUUUGUUAAAUUGAUAAACACACUAAAUGUUUUAAAUGAUUUCAUGAUUUUGUUAUUUAGCCUAUAUGUGCAUAUAAUUUACAUCCAUUUGAAACACAACAGCUUUUUAAUUGUUUUGCAACUGGCGUGUAAUAAACGUGAAUGUUUAGUUUGUUUGUAUACCAGCAGAAUAAACUGAUCAAAUGCACACAUGCUAACAUAUUCUGUCACGUUCAAUUAAACAGUCUAUUUACAGCACAAUAGAAGGAGCAAGACAUUAAAUGACGUGUUUGUCAACACAUGUCCUUGACAGGUCACGGGCUCUGUAAUGCACAGUUGGAAACAGGCCUUUAUUUAUGUCAAAACAUAUUUCUUUAGUACAACCUGAAAUAGAUAUGAAAUUUAAAAUACAAAAGUGAGUAGAUUUAAUGUGCAUUAGUGCAAAACAAACAAACAAAAACAACAACAACAACAACAGCAACACUUGAACACUCGCAUACUUUUUUACGCAGCAUUAGAUCUCUAAUUGUUCAAGACAUUUCCUCAAGAAUGCAUUUUUUGGAUAUAGAAUAUUUUUUUCACUCCUGAUGCUUUGUCAAAAUUAAGCUACUAAUUUAGACAUUACGCCAAAUCAAGUUAAGCCAUUACCCCAAUCUGCUAUAAAACAGAUAAAUCUUUGUAUAAGUGUGUCAAAUUGCGAUUAAACCUGAGAUGCUCUUUAUAUGGACGUAUGCGUUGAUUUUGACACCUGUCAACCAAAUGAUUGAACAUAUUUAUAAAAACAAAUCUGUUCUGAAAUGAUCAAAAACGUGUCAUUAAAACAGAUAUAAACUAGUGCACCUAGUUGAUGCUCUGUAAUUGAUGCACGUGCAAAUCUUUCCAUUUCUGCAUCAGAAACAACCUGUACAUUCCCAAUAAACUCAAACUAUUUCCAACUACAACUGAGUGGCGUUGUUGCGCCGGCAGGAGAGGAAGAUGAGAGGGAGAGAGAGGCAGAUAAAGAUGGAAAAUGCGGACAAACGUACUGAGAAAAGGGGGCUUUAGAGCGCGCGGUGUUCGAGGGGGCACAUCCUGAUGUAAAUGCCCCGCUGGUGCACUGAUAUCUGCCCUCAUUUACCCCGAGAAAACCCCGGUGUGCGCGAGGACAGCCGCCGGAUUUCCACUCACUUUUCUUGGCAUGCCUUUGGAUCUCAGUCUCGGCUGCUCUCCGCGCCUGUCUGCACGCGUAUGAACGCACGGAGACACGGGCACGAGCGCUUCGAAAACAACCGAUGGCGUUGUUUAAAUGCUCGCGGUUCCGCUGUCAGCUGCUCGUCGCGUGAAAUCUGAAGAGGUGAAAAGUAAGAAAUCAAAUAAUUGCAGGAAGAUGGCGCCCACCAAGCCUAGCAUACAGCAAGACCCUUCCAGAAGAGAACGCGAGCCAUACUGGGAGAGAUCUGCUAAUGCCAGCUCCUGUUCUGCCACUAGGCCCAAGACACUCCACCUUGGAGGGCAACAACAUACCUCAUCGCCAUGGUUGCAGGCUCUGAGAAAGGAGAAGUCACGUGACGCCGCUCGCUCACGCCGGGGGAAAGAAAACUUUGAGUUCUACGAGCUGGCAAAGAUGCUUCCGCUUCCCGGCGCCAUCACCAGCCAGCUGGAUAAGGCCUCUAUCAUCCGCCUCACCAUCAGCUACUUGAAAAUGAGGGACUUCGCCAACCAGGGGGACCCGCCGUGGAACCUGCGCAUCGAAGGACCACCACCCAACACCUCAGUCAAAGCUAUCGGGUCCCAGCGGAGGCGGAGCCCCAGCACAGUUGCCACGGAGAUCUUUGAGCCUCACCUUGGCAGCCACAUCCUGCAGUCCCUGGAUGGAUUUGUAUUUGCACUAAACAAAGAGGGGAGGUUUUUGUACAUCUCAGAGACGGUGUCCAUAUACCUGGGGCUUUCACAGGUAGAACUGACAGGCAGCAGUGUGUUUGACUAUGUUCAUCCGGGUGAUCACGUGGAGAUGGCUGAGCAGCUGGGCAUGAAACUUCCGCCGGGGAGAGGACUGCUGUCUCAGUGCACUGAGGAUGGGGCCAGCUCUGCCUCCUCUUCCUCUCAUUCUGAGACACCUGAGCCAGUGGAGUCAAGCAGCCCCAGUCUUCUGUCACCGGAUAACACUCUAGAACGUUCCUUCUUCAUCCGCAUGAAGUCCACGCUUACUAAGAGAGGCGUACACAUCAAGUCAUCUGGGUACAAGGUGAUCCACAUUACCGGCAGACUGAGGAUAAGAAUGGCAUUAACACACAGUCGUUCGGUACCCAAUCAGAUCAUGGGAAUGGUCGUGGUUGCACACGCACUUCCUCCACCCACCAUCAACGAGGUUCGGAUCGACUGCCAGAUGUUUGUUACGCGGGUCAACAUGGAUCUCAACAUCGUCUACUGUGAAAAUAGAAUCAGCGACUACAUGGACCUGACACCUGUCGACAUCGUAGGAAAGAGAUGUUAUCACUUUAUUCAUGCUGAGGACGUGGAAGGCAUUCGGCAAAGCCAUUUAGACUUGAUGAAUAAAGGUCAAUGUGUCACAAAGUAUUACCGCUGGAUUCAGAAGAACGGAGGUUAUAUCUGGAUCCAGUCUAGUGCCACCAUUGCAAUCAAUGCCAAGAAUGCCAAUGAAAAGAACAUCAUCUGGGUCAACUAUGUACUCAGUAAUCCAGAGUACAAAGACACACCUAUGGAUAUUGCACAGCUACCCAACCUGCCAGAGAAAGCAUCUGAAUCCUCAGAAACAUCUGAUUCGGAAUCAGACUUCAAGGAGAACUCUGACAAUGAAAAGUCAGAUGGGAAGGGGAACCUGUCAUCCGAGAACAGCGAGAACCCUGAGUCGGACAGUAAGAAACAGACGGACCGGCCACCAGAGCAGGAGAUGAGACGACAGGAGGAAGGAGACAGUUCCAGCAAUCCAGAGAGUCAGGACAGCGAGGAUAGCCUGGAACCGUCCGACUGUGACGCUGACCACAAGGAGGGACACCUAGCACGGUUGGGUGGCCUACACAUAAAGAUAGAGCGCUAUGGCGACGGGGAGGUAGAUGAACUGCAGGACUCGCCCUCCUCUUCCUCCUCCGAGGAGGAUGAAGAGGAUGAGAUUGUGAAAGAUUGCAACAGUGGAGAAGAGCUGAGCGGGCCAGCAAUGAGUAAACACCAGAAAAGAAAGAAGAGGCGGAAAAAGCAGAAAUGGGAUGGGAGUCGCCAACGCCUGCGGCUGUCUCCCUCAGUCGCUGCCACCCCCAGUCCUGGCAGCCUGGACCCCGCCCUUGGAGACCAGCCUCCCCUUCUGCUUCCACCCUCCCCAACUAGUGCCUCCAUGCUCAAGAUCAAGACUGAAAUGUCAGAGCCUAUAAACUUCGAUAACGACAGCAGCAUCUGGAACUACCCACCCAACCGAGAGAUCUCUCACAACGAGUCCCCCUACAGCAUGACAAAACCCCACAACACCUUCCCUUCCCCCCAGCCUGCUGGCCUGCACGUGUCCAUUCCUGACUCUGUCCUCACUCCACCUGGGGCCGAGGGUGGAGGAGGCAAUAGAAAGCCCAAUUUCAAUGGCAACAGUAGCAGCACCAACAACAACACCCCGACCACUGUGUCCAGUGCAACUCUGGGAAUCCUGGCUCCUUCUUCCAGCUCCACCACCGCAGACCCCCUAUCCCCACCGCUCUCUGCCUCACCACGGGAUAAGCAGCAGGGUACGCCCACCUCCUCUGGUUCCCUGCUAUACAGUAGUGACCUGGAAGCCCUGCAAAGGUUACAAGCGGGUAACGUGGUGCUUCCGUUGGUGCACAGAGUCACAGGCACACUUGCCACCCCCAGCACGGCCUCCCCACGAGUCUACACCACUGGAACAAUCCGAUAUGCCCCAGCAGACGUCAGCCUGGCCAUGCAGGGCAACCUCCUGCCUAACGCCCAUGCCGCUGUGAACUUUGUGGACGUCAACGGGCCAGGUUUUGGCAUAGAUCCAAAGACACCCAUGGAGAUGCUGUACCACCAUGUGCACCGGCUCAACAUGUCCACCCCAUUUGGGGGCACGGUCAGCGGAGCCGGGCUUACGCAGAUGCCAGCUGCUAACGUCUUCACCACGGCAGAAGGACUCUUCUCCACGCUUCCAUUCUCCGUUUACAGCAAUGGCAUUCACAACACACAGACUCUGGAGCGCAAGGAGGAUUGAAGCAAAACAUUGAGACCAUAUUACUGUGUUCAACUGUGUUCAAAAGACUCUUAUGAGGUAAAAGACUGUAUCAAAGUUGGGGAAAAGAGAGAUGUUCUAGCACUUUGAAUUUUGAGCAAUUGAGCUUGUGUAACUGAAAUGAAUGGUUUCUCUUCCUGUGACUUUCUAUCUUUCUAUCUCUUCUACUUGCUCUUUCUUCUCUCUCACAAGUUCUUGAUGACAGUUUCUCUAAACAGACUCAUCUCUAUUGUAAAGAGUUCCUUCAGAGCCACAGGGAAUUCGUAGCACUGUAGCGUGUUUUCUCUACGGUGAGAUAUUUGACCAGAGUAUGUAACAUCCUCAUCAGGAUGUCUUAAAGGUAUUUGAAAAGAAGAUUAUUAAGAAAAGGAUCUGUUCGUGUUUCUAAUGGUAUCUUGAUGUGAUCGAGAUUGUUCCUGACAAAAGGAUGUUACCCUAUUUGAUGUUGUUCAAAGGGUUUUAAGGUUAUUUCUAAAUGGGAAAUAGUAUUUUAGAAAUAAUACUUUUUCUUCGUUUUUUAUAGCUCAAACUUAACUUGCAAAUCAUGCAUAAAAAAAAAAAAAAGCAAUUUUAGCCGGGUAUCGACCUGUGAAUAGAAUGAUACUACAAAAUCCCAGGACAUGGAACAGGUCAGUGAGAUUUUUCCAGUUCCAUCUUCUGUUUGCAGAUCCAUGGUGCUAUCAUUAAGUUACCCUCACUCAGCUGGCUGAUGUAGGUACCGUUCUGGAACUCCAGACAAAUGGCGGCUUGUGAGCUUUUAACAGAAAAGUCAAACCUUUAACAGAUUUUUUAGUUUUUGUUUGAUUUUUGUUUAAUCACUUACCAGUGAGUGCAGGAGGGUAUUUUCGCUCAAUCUAAUUGAGUCAGUAAAGGGAUAUGAAUUUUGCAUCACUUGAACAUGAAUGUUAAACUCCAACAGGCUUUGGUCAGAACUAUCCUUAAUUGUUUAGGGGAUUUUUUUUAUUAUUAUUCAUUUUUGUUUUCAACGUUUACACUCCCUCUUUAGCUUACAAGCCUGGUGUCUUUCCCAAAAUCGAUUCCCCUUCAUCCCUUUCCCCUUUACUCUCUCUGAAAAAUCACAUAUCAAGCGAAGAUUGUAAUAAAGACAUGCAUUUUCAAUCAAAAAAUGUUUUCAAAAUCCACAUUCCUAAUUUUUAUCCACUGUUGCCAAAAAUAUUUACUCACAGUUUGGUGUUAAAACACUGUGAUUUGAUGUUUAAAAAAAAAAAAAAAAAUUAUAAAGUAAUAAAACGGAAGAAAACUGUCACUUCAUUCUUUGGCAGCCGUCCAUCGAGUCAUCUAUUACGCAGCGUGAUAACCGUAAACUUGUACAAUGUGUAAGUGUCAUUGGCUGUCAGUCUCCAUAGCAACUUAAGUGUGUGUUACUAUAUGCAGUAUAUACUGAGCUAAUGUAGCUGUUUUGUCCUUUGUCCUCUCUGUGCUAGUCCGGGCUUGGACGGGGGAAACAUUUGUUCCCUGUCUGCCCCCCUUGCAGUCUUAGUGAAUCAGUGGAGGUUAGUGGAUUUUGUGUGGUGGCCUUCCAAUGUAGUGUCACCUUUUUUGCUGCUUCCUUUUUGUAUGUAUUACUUUCUUCUUUUUCUGCUAUUGCUUUGCUGUCGUGUAGUCUACAGACCUCUCUCUCUCUCUCUCUCUCCUUCUCAGAGAUAAAAGACUCUGAACUAGCUCAAAGGUUUAAGGAGCCAUUUUUUUUUUUUCUUCUUUUUUUUUUUUGACACUGAGGAAUUCUGGGAUUGCAGUUUCCAGCUCAAAAAUGACAAGGAAUUAAAACAAACUGAAGUAGCAUUUACUAGACUGGAACCUUAAAGCCUCAGAUGUGAAACAUUCCCAGAGUCCCUUGUGCUUCUCUUGUGCAUUGGGUGUAUUUCAUUGGUUUCCACCAAACCUGUUGACUUCAAGAACCCUGCAACUCACAGGAAAUAUUAAAAGAUUAUGGUAGUAUUUCAGGAUAAUAAACAGUUUUAAAGAUUUCUAAAGAGAUGAAAAAAAUAUUUCGCACUAUAAAAUCUAUUUUUAUAGGUGUUUUGGAAAUGCAUGUUUACUAAGUUGAUUGUUUGGUUUACUUGAUUUUGUUUGGUCCAGCGGCUUUGUCGAUGUUUAGUGUUUUUUUUUAGUCUGUCCAGCAAAGGGAAUGGGGAGCCUUCGUCUUUUUACCUGAAUCAGGCUUCCCCCCCAACAUCAGGAAACUUGUGUCUGUGGUUUCUGUGAAGAUGUGUUGUUACUCAAACCCAGGUCAUGAUAUUAAUAUGUUUUUAAAACAAUAACAGGACUUGCUGUUGGAACGGUUGCAGGAGAGCUUGGCGUCACCGCUGCAGGUUAACGGGAUCCUAGAUUUUAGCAUUUUGUACGUAGAUCAGAGAUGUUCGGGAUGGGGGGUUUGGGGGCAGCUCCCAAAACAGACACUGUGGACAAGGAAAUACACCCAUAUGUUACUAACCGAACAGCCGAGCGAGCUGUCUCAAUGUAUCUGUGUUGUGUCAAAAUGAUUGCUGGUGAUUUAAUCUUAAACUAAUCUCAGCUGCUGUCAGAUAAAUAGUGUUUAAAAUUACAAUAUGAGAAAUCACUUCAUUACCUGUGAAGACUGUGUCUGUGUUUUUAACUAUUUCUUGUACAAUUAUUCAGAUUCUUUUAUGAGGAACUUGGUGCCAAGUAGAAGAAUAUGGGAGAAAGGGGAUUCUCUUAAUAUCAGUGUUAACAGUGUUAUAAAUUCUAAAUACAAACAAAUUAAAAUAUUAAAAGAGAAAACUAUGGUACAUUUUUAUUUUGUUUUUUGCUUUCAGAAGAAAAGACAAAAAACAUGACUAACUGAAGCUAACUUUGAGUGCCUGGCUUAUUUUUUUAUUUUGAAAACACCGUUUUUGUUCAUUUACCAUGAAUAAUGCUGCAAUUCAAAAAUGUACAUACUUCAUUUUACAACAGGGUUAUUUUAUACUUUUGUAGGUUUUCAUCAGUUAAAGCGACAUGUCAUACAUGGUUGUCUUUCUGUAACACAAUUUUUUUUUUACCAUCUUACAGGUGCCAUAUUCAUAAUAAACUUUUCUUGGAUUUGUUACUAUCUGGCAUCAUUUCUUUUACAUUCUGUUCAUCAUAAGUGAAUGCUGAACAUCAGUGAUUAUUCUUUGCUUUCCUCCUUUACUGCUUCUUUCUGUUCUUUCUUGCCCUCCUAUGUUUUCCCCCUGGUCCUUAAUUUUGGUUAAUGUACAUAUGUAAUGUACAUGUUUCAGGUAAGGGAAUAUCAAAAUAUUCCCAUGUAGCCCAGCUAUUUCUUACUUCCAGACUCAAUGAAUGGCAAUCCAGUGCACUUGUACAGUGUCCAUGUACCAGGGCCUUUGUGUUCGAUAUGUUUUAACAGUGGCUGAGUGAAUCUCCUUUUCAUUGGACAGAUUCUCACGGGUAUUUAUUAUAUGUUUUUCCACUUCACGGUAUCGUCACCAGGUUUUCAAUUAGCAGGAACAUUUCAAUCUGUGUCUUCUACUAUACUGAUAUCACUGUAACUUCCUACAGCAAAGCUAAA